AUGAUAUUUGUCUUACGACAACUCAUGGAGAAGAGCAGGGAACAACAUCGUGAGCGCCACAUAAUAUUCCUGGACCUGGUGAAAGCCUUCGACACCAUCAACAGACCGCUCAUGUGGAGCCUGCUGUUAAAAAUUGGGAUCCCAGCCAAGGUAUUUAACAUCAUCCGCAGCUUCCAUGAUGGCAUGAAAGCAAGAGUCUCAAUAAAUGGAGAAUUUACAGACCCAUUUGAAGUAACAGCCGGGCUCAGACAGGGGUGCAUUCUUGCACCAACCUUGUUUAUCCUGUUCUUCACCUUUGUACUCAGGCAUGCCUUCAAGGUGCUGCCAGGUUUUGGGGUGGCCAUCAAGCACAAGCAGGAUGGCAAACUGUUUAAUACCAGAUGUCUGAAGAACAAGUCGGUGCCCACCACCACCAUGGGAGUAUUUCUAUAUGCUGAUGAUGCAGCUGUUGCUACUGAUAAUGUUGAAGAUCUUCAGACAGCCACCAACUCACUAAACAGUGCAUGCAACAGUUGGGGACUAAAAAUCAACAAGCCAAAGACAGAGGUAUUACAUCAAAACUGUGCGGACCCUCCUCCAGUCAUGCUUGAUGACCAUCAGCUCAAGAGGGCCAACAAGUUCACCUACUUGGUGUUUGACCAACUAGAUCUUGUCACAUAUGAAGAAGUUGUGAAGUUACCCGAUUUCAAGAGAAAAACACUGGUUUUAUUAGGAGCCCAUGGCGUCGGCAGGCGACACAUCAAGAAUACACUUAUCGCAAAGCACCCAAACAGAUUUGCUUACCCCAUCCCACACACAACCAGACCUCCUAAAAAGGAUGAGGAAAAUGGCAAGAAUUACUACUUUGUGUCACAGGACCAGAUGAUGCAGGACAUCUCAAACAAUGAGUACUUGGAGUAUGGGAGCCAUGAGGAUGCUAUGUAUGGCACACGUUUGGAGACCAUCCGAAAGAUCCACAAACAGAGCAUGAUCUCCAUCUUGGAUGUAGAGCCACAGGCACUGAAAGUUUUGUGGACAGCUGAAUUUGCUCCCUAUGUUGUUUUCAUUGCUGCGCCUACUGUCACCCCUGAUAUGAAUGAGGACGAGUCUCUACAAAGGCUACAGAAAGAAUCUGAGACCCUGCAGAAGUCCUAUGCUCGUUACUUCGAUAUGAACAUCAUCAACAAUGAGACUGAUGAAACCAUCUGGCUACUGGAGGAAGCCAUUGAUGUCGUGUCUACCACUGCUCAGUGGGUGCCUGUGUCCUGGGUCUAUUAG